AUGAAGUGCGUGAUCGGGGGGCCGCAGCUCCGAGUGUUUGGAAGAGCAAUACAUGCCAUAGCACGGAUUAGUGAUGAAUUUUGGUUUGACCCCAUAGAAAAAGGUCUUGCCUUAAGAUCAGUGAACUCCUCGAGGUCAGCAUAUGCAUGUGUGUUCUUCUCCUCCAUGUUUUUCCAGCAUUACUGCUGGACAGCUGGGACCCAGCCCUGUCAGAAGGAGAAGCAGCUAUCCCUCCCCUGUAAAUUGAUAAUUAAGUCAGUCCUCCCUGUGUUUAGAUGUGUAAAUGUGCUGGAAAGGAAUGUAGAGAAAUGCAGCAUCUGCAGCAGCCCCAGUGAGCAGCACAUCACCUUCCAGCUGCUCUGCAGGCACGGUGUUGUGAAAACCUAUAACCUGACAUUUCAGGAGUGUGAUCCCUUGCAGGCUGUUUUUGCAAAGCACAUGUGUCCAAACAUUCUUAAAGUCCACUCCAGGCUGCUGGCUGAUGUGAUGAUCCACUUCCCAAGCAGUCAGGAAGAAAUAACCUUGUCAGUAACUCCAGUGAAAGUUUGUUUCAAGAGUUACACCGAGGAAGACACAGACUUUUCAAGGACAAUGCUUACUGAGAUACAGCUCAGUCCAGAGGAAUUUGACUACUUUCAAGUUGGAGUAGAUUCUGCAGUGACAUUUUGCCUUAAAGAACUGAGGGGGCUGCUGGCGUUUUCCGAAGCCACGAGCGUCCCUGUGUCCAUCCACUUCGACAGGUGUGGGAGACCCAUUGCUUUCAGCAUUGAGGACCUGCUGCUGGAGGCCAGCUUUAUCCUGGCUACCUUGUGUGAGGCUGAGAAGGAGGCAGCUUCCCCAGAGCCUGCCUGCUGCCCACAGCCCCGGGACAGCUCAAGGACUGGCAUGGAUAAAUCUGACCAGACCUCCAUGGAUGGAGCCAACAACGCAGUCACAGCCGCUUCCAAAAAGCCACAGCAGAAGGGAAACACUCCGAGCAUGGACCCUGCAAAACUCCCGAGUGCUCUGGCAAAACAAGAGGUAAAAAAUAUUCCCAGAGGCAGCGAGAGGGAUGAGCCAGGCAGAGCAGGAGCAGCCACAGCCCAGGCAGCAGGAGAGGCCACAGAGGCUCCUCAUGCCAAGUUCCACUCCUUAUUCUUUGGAGCUGUGUCUUACAAGGAGAAGGCCAUUGGUGACACCUUCCAGAGUCUGGUGACAGCCAGUGACACUGAGGAGGAGCUGGGUGCCUUGCAGAGCUCCCCAGUUCUGUAGUGCAGGGCUUGGGGUCCAAGGACAGACAGUGGGGAGCGCCCAGGAGGGAAGGGCAGGCCCAGCCUUUGUCACUGGUGCUGUGACCCAGCAGCACAGAACAUUCUGGAACUCUCAGUGCUCUUGUAACGGCACAAAUUUAGGUCACGAUUGACUCUGUUGAGGUUUGUGUGUUCUGCAGGAACUGCUGGGGGCUCUGCCCUCAGAACACUCUCACAGGAGAGAGGCUCAGUUUGAAUCCAAACUCUGUUACCACAUCAGGCACAUGAAGCUGCUGUUCUGGUUAAGGGAGAACUCAGAGUUUUACAGAUUCUUUAGAACCAGCCUUUAACUGAAAAACCAAAGUUGUCGCAGGACUGCAUUUUAAAAAAUAAAAGUUUGUGUUUGAG